GGGAGACCGGAUAGAGUGAAUGCAGGGUCCGGGGAGAGUGGAUAUAGUGAAUGCAGGGUCUGGGGAGAGCGGAUAUAGUGAAUGCAGGGUCCCGGGAGACCGGAUAUAGUGAAUGCAGGGUCCGGGGAGAGCGGAUAUAGUGAAUGCGGGGUCUGGGAAGACCGGGGUAUAGUGAAUGCAGGGUCCGGGGAGAGCGGAUAUAUAGUGAAUGCGGGGUCCAGGGAGUCCAGAUAUAGUGAAUGCAGGGUCCGGGGAGACUGUAUAUAAUGAAUGCGGGGUCCAGGGAGAGCGGAUAUAGUGAAUGCAGGGUCCGGGGAGACCAGAUAUAGUGAAAGCAGCGUCCGGGGAGAACGGAUAUAAUGAAUGCAGGGUCUGGGGAGACCGGAUAUAGUGAAUGCAGGGGUCCGGGGAGACCAGAUAUAGUGAAUGCAGGAUCCGGGGAGA